GGAUUGAGCACAUUGUGCUGUGGGACAGCAGGAAUCAAGCAUCUGGGAUCGCGCUCACAUAUAUUAAACUGAUGCGCACUAAUGCGCACUCUGGCACAUCUGACGCGCGCCUUCGGUUACACUUCUCUCAUGGUGAUACGCCUUUGAAUCGAGGAUUAUUAUUUUAGAAGACCCCGAUCGUGAGUAUAACGGACAUCUGCUGCAUUUGGCAGUUUGUAAUUUCUCCCUUGUUUGUUGUAUGAAAUUAUUGCUCUGCUCUUCGGAAACCUCUUACGUAUUAGAAAGCUAUCUCACAAGUUUGUAGUUGGAAUUGAUUUUCGGACACGUCGUUUUGGAGUUUUCCAUCAGUCGGACGGUGGUCCUCUUAUAUGGAUGUAGUGGCUCGGACUGAGUCGGACAGAUCCGGGGGUUCCAGACGCGCAUCCCCGAGAUUCCCCAGCAGCAUCACCGUUCAGCCGAGCGCAUCCAGCAGCAGUCGACAUGAUCCUUCUGGGAAUACUUCUAAAUCUGUUCGUCAUUAAGGGGGCUGUUCCCUCUGUGGUGCCGGUGUUCCCCGGGACUGUGGACUGCAUAGAGGCUGUACAGAAAUGUCUAAAGACCCCGGAGUGUAAGCGACAGUUCCGGCACCUGGAGUACUGUGUGGAUGAAGAGGCGGUGACUCCCCUCAGUCUGGAGGGGCGGCAGGCCUGCAUUGAUGCGCAAAACAAACUCAUGCACUAUCAGAGCCUGCAAGAAUGCAAGUGUCAGCGAGGGUCUCGCAUGGAACAACAGUGCCUGAGCGUUUACUGGACCAUCCGUUUUCCACAGGGUUAUGAUGACAUUGAGACAUCCCCAUAUGAAGACUUUGAACUGGAACUUGUGAGAAAUAGCGAAACAUCAAAACUAGCCUCAAUAGUUUCAGUGUCCUCCCUUCCUCUGACGGAUCAGAACCAGUGUUUGAAGGCAGCUCAGGACUGUGGGUUGUACGAGAAGUGCGGUUCUCUGCGCUCGGAGUACGCAUUAGCAUGCACUAAGAUCAUACCUGGCACAAACCACUGUAACCGGCACAAAUGUCACAGGGCCCUGCGGAGGUUCCUGGAGCGUGUUCCAGAGGAGUACAGCUUCGGUGUCUUAUUUUGUCCCUGUUCGGAUACUCUGUGUGGGGAGAGAAGGAGAAAAACCAUUGUGCCCUCCUGUUCCUAUGAGGAGCGAGACGAACAGCCCAACUGCCUCAAUCUGGAGAGUUACUGCCUCAAAGACAACCUGUGCAGGUCAAGAUUGGCUGAUUUCCAGCAGAACUGUCAGCCGUCUCCUCUCUCUCCCUCCGGCUGUCUCCGGGAAAGUGGAGCCGUGUGCCUCAAGGCCUACGCUGGGCUCAUCGGUACCAUCAUGACACCAAACUACGUGAGUAACCGCAGCACAGAGGUGUCUCAGUGGUGUAAUUGCGAAGGCAGCGGGAAUCAGUGGCAGGACUGUCUGCGUAUCCUGCACAUGUUCAACAGCAACACCUGCCUGCGUAAUGCCAUUGAUAACACGGGAAGCUCCACCCCUCACCCAAUAGAAGACACGCCCCUUCCUCCGCCUCGCCCCUCCCCUCAGAUUCAGCACGAUGAGCUGAAAAUUAACCUGCUGCCUGAACCCAAUACAGUGGCUGAAAGUGAAGAAGAUAAGGAGGAAGACCAAACCGAAGAAGGGGGAGGGUUCAACGUCAUCCCUCCAUUCUCAGACAAGGCGACAGUCACUAACCUGGGCUCUGAGGCCGGAAGAGUCCACAGCUCGGCCUCCACCUUCUCCAUCACUCACUUCCUACUCAAGGCCCUGCUGCUUAUUGCCCUCCGCUGGGGGUAGAAACCCUCGGUCACACACACACACACACACACACAAAACAUGCAAACACACUUCCUUCUGAAGUACACGCUCACAUCCAGACUCUAUCAUUGAGGGAUGACAAGAACAACAGAUUGGACGGCGAAACGAGCGGACAAUUGUUCUAUCUCUCUUUCCUUCUUUCAUUCAAUCCUUUUUCUUCUUCUCGGGAAGAUGGUCUGUUAUAGAUAUAGCUGCUUGUUCAUCAGGGAAUCGCUUUCUAAAUGGGAUUCCCCACCUGAAUCAUUUGAAUCACACAGAAGAUUCACGACUCCUCGGACUGAGAGCAGCCGACGGUGAACGAAUGAUUUGGUCUUGCCAUGUAUCUAUUGUAUAAUGUCAGUGUUCUUCAGAAAAGUGAGUUAAACCAGGAAAGCGUUUGCUUUUCCUGGGUUUCAAAAACCCGCCGUGUUUAUUGUCGCUGAUCAUGUCGUUGUUUGAAAUCAGACAAAAUGUAUGUGUGUUUGUAAGAACGUGAUUCGCUCGACAUCCCUGCUCUCCAACUUGAGAGCAAAAAAAAAAAAAUGUGUUGAGCACGAUUUCCGAAUCUUCCCGUUUUCACGCCUCUGUGUCUCUGGAAUUAGGCAGCACACCUAAUCACAUACACACACACACACACACACACCUCUGCCCUGCUGUGGAGCCGAUUGCGCAGAUGCAAGCGGUUUUCAUUUAUUGCUCUAUCUGAGAUGUGCUUUCAUUUUUUGACUCAGCACAGACUGUGCAGUCUAACCAGGGGCAUAAAUAAAAAACAUGUAGAAAAAACACGAGUAAUAAACCGAAAAUAAAGAAAUAAACACACUAAAUAAAUAAAUAUAUCAGCGCACAGCAGGUGUAGGAGUCCGGUCUGGGUUUAGAUCCUGAGGGGAAGAAACAGGAAGUCAUUUUCAAACCGCCUGUCGCCUGGUACCUCUCCCUGUGCCUGUUGUUUUACUUUCACAGAGAUAAUGGCUUACAACACAAACUGUUUAUCUUGUUGUGUGUUCACGGCGACGAAUCUCUCAUGAUGGGAGCGAAAUAGAAAAAAGAAAUCAAGGGAAAGAACCGACGGAGACGGGGAGAGACUCAAACCCUCCAGCGAAGAGGGGAAAAAAAAACAUACAGUCUAGAAUCACAUGCUUUUUCUGUUUCUUAUAAAUCUUUUGCUGACACCAA